AUGGCAAAAUCUGGAGAAGCCCACAGUCACGACCUCUACCAGCAAAUCCUGGACCAGAAUCGGCAGAUGGCGGAACAAAACGCUCGGAUGAUGCAGAUGAUGGAACGUUUCGGCAUUGAAGAAAACGGUUCCCAUCGGCCCACACACAAUCCGGAAUUCAUCAUUGAAUCUCUGGCUUCCAACAUCCGGGAGAUCGUGUACGACCCGGACAAUGGUCUCGUUUUCGACCGUUGGUACCGGAAGUACGAAGACCUCUUCCUGAAGGACGGCGCAAAAUUGGACGAUGCUGCGAAAGUGCGAUUGUUGCUGCGGAGUCUCAGCGUGCUUGUCCACGACAAGUACGUCAAUUUCAUGUUGCCAAGCUACCCCCGUGACUACACAUUUGAUGAGACGGUGAAGAAACUGAAGGAGUUUUUCGGUGUACGGAUCUCGUUGUUCAGCAAGCGCUACCUGUGUUUCCAGUUGACCAAGAACGACACCGACGAUUUCCUGACGUACGCUGGAACGGUCAACAGGUGCUGCGAAGAUUUCGACCUCAACAACAUCACGGCGGAUCAAUUCAAGAGCCUGAUUUUCAUCUGCGGGUUACGAUCUUCCAAGGACGCUGACAUCCGGACAAGACUCCUUUCCAAGCUCGAGGGAAGUGUGGAAGGCGAAUACACUCUGGAAUCACUCAUCACCGAGUGCCAACGCCUCCAAGACCUCAAAUACUACACUGCCUUGGUGGAGCAGAAGAAAUCGGUGAGUACAAUUUGUGCUGUCAAGCAGCGCAAAUCCGCACCGCCCAGACCUGGAUCCAAGGACAGGAAGACGACAAAAGCUGAUUAUCCUAAGACGCCCUGCUGGCAGUGUGGCGGAAUGCACUACGUCCGCGACUGCAGCUACACGAAGCACGUAGCUGGUACUCAUCGAAGGCUGCAGUUCCUGACAGUGGACAUCGACGGAUCACAAGUCACCCUGCAGCUGGACACCGCGUCGGACAUCACGAUCAUCUCGAAGAAGCACCCAAUCAACCUGUUCGGUCUGGACUUGAUCGACCUAUUCGGUCUAUGGGACACCCCGUUAUCAACGAUUUGCAACCAGGUCCACGUUGCUGCUCCAACCGAUCAGAUUCAACGGUACAAAGCCGCGUUUCCUGAUGUAUUCAAGCCCGGCCACGGACACUGCAAGAAGAUGAAGUCCCUGGACAUCAUCAAGCCAGUGGAAUAUUCGCCAUGGGCUGCUCCAAUUGUCGCAGUGAAGGAACCCGGAGGAAAAGUGCGAAUCUGUGCCGACUAUUCAAACGGACUCAACGCUGCCUUGGAACCCAACCACUACCCGCUGCCGGUCCCGGAUGACAUCUUUAGCAAGCUCAACGGUUGCUGCUAUUUCAGCAUCAUUGAUCUCAGUGAUGCUUACCUUCAAGUGGAAGUUGACGACGACUCCAAGCAACUCCUCACAAUCAACACGCAUCGAGGUCUCUUUCGCUUCAACCGGCUCGCACCUGGUGUGAAAUCCGCACUGGGGGCCUUCCAGCAGCUAAUGAACAGCAUGAUUGCCGACCUCGAAGGAGUGGAAUCGUUCUUGGAUGACGUCCUGGUGUUCAGCUCGAGUACCUCAUCGCUCUAUUCCAACGACUUCAAGCAUUUGAUCAAAUACCUCGCCCACAUCGUAGAUGCCGAAGGACUCCAUCCUGAUCCGUCCAAGGUGGAAGCAAUCGUCAAGAUGCCACCUCCCAAGGAUGUCACGGGUCUGCGCUCGUUCCUCGGUGCUGUAAAUUUCUAUGGCAAGAAGACGGUCGGCAGACCGACACCGAACGCCGGAAGGGACCGGCGGAUGGCAGGACCGAGGGCCUGA